UAUCCCUACUUACUUUUACUUCACCUCAGCAGCUUCUAUGCUAUCACUUUUUCUUCAUCUUCCAACUUAUCACAAAAAAGCCACAAAAGCUAUAAAAGACUUUAACAUUGACACACCUAUUGAACUCCCUGGGUUGCCGACGUUAUUCGUUGAUGACUAUCCCGACGAUGGGAAAGAUCCAACUAGUCCAGGUUACCAAAUUUUGCUUGAAUGUGCUAAAGUAUUUAGGGAAAGUGAUGGAGUUAUUAUAAACACUUUUGAUGCUUUUGAAAGUAAAGCUAUUAAAGCUUUAAGAGAUGGGUCGUGUGUUCCGGACGGAACCUCUCCAUUGAUUUUUUGUAUUGGACCAGUGAUUUCAACCUUGUAUGAUACAGACGAACAUCAAUGUAUGAGUUGGCUCGACUUGCAGCCCCGUCAAAGCGUUGUGUUGUUGAGCUUUGGAAGUAUGGGGAGAUUUUCUAAGGCUCAGUUGAAUGAGAUAGCUCUUGGAUUGGAGAAAAGUAAACAAAGAUUCUUGUGGGUUGUUAGGAGCGAGUUGGAUUUAGAUGAGUUGAGUUUGGACGAGUUGUUGCCGGAAGGAUUUUUGGAGAGGACAAAGGAGAAUGGAAUGGUGGUGAGGAACUGGGCCCCACAAAGAGCGAUAUUGAGUCAUGAGUCAGUGGGUGGGUUGGUGACUCAUUGUGGGUGGAACUCAAUUUUGGAGGCAAUUUGUGAAGGAGUUCCAAUGAUUACAUGGCCGCUUUACGCUGAACAAAAUCUUAAUAGAGUGAUUUUGGUGCAAGAAACAAAAAUUGCAUUGAAACUAAACGAGUCAAGGGACAAGUUUGUAAGUGCGUCUGAGUUAGGGGAGCGAGUUAUUGAGUUGAUGGAAUCAAAUAAAGGAAAAGAGAUUAGAGAAAAUAUUUUAAAGAUGAAAAUAAGUGCUAAUGAGGCAAGAGGAGGAAGUGGAUCUUCUCUUGUUGAUUUGAAAAGAUUAGGAGAUUCAUGGAAGGAGCGUGACUCUUACAACGAAUUAUCUCCGAAUUCUCCUUUUCUUAUUUAUUGAAUUAAUUUGUGAGCAUAAGCUUAAAAAGUUGGGUAAUGUUAAAGAAGUGAAUUUCACAUCAGAAGUCACUUAUUGUAUUUUGAAUUUUAUCACUAUGGAGGUUGUGGAUGUUACAGUCAACUAUUAUAAGUUUGUAUUCAUUUCCUUUUUAAAUUGAGUUUUAAAAAUAAAAAAAAUUGUACUUAUAUAUCUUGAGAAAUAUUUUCAUUAAGACAAUUUCCAAAAUAAUGAUGAUGGAAUAUUUUUAUUUGGAAGGUUAGAUGUUGAAGUAAAAUGUGAGAGAUAAUUACUGCAAACAAUUAAUGAGGAUUUCCCAAAGAAAUUCAGCACUUGAUGAGUUAUUAUGUAGAGAAGAGAUACAUGUA